GUUCAGCAUCACUCUGAACUCUCUGGGUCUGAUUCCAGCAGUUUAAGCCUCUGACUCUCACUCCAUUAGAGGGAGAUCCAACCUGAACACAGUUACACAGAGAUAACAACAGGUGUUCAGGGAGCAGAGGGAACAACAGAGCAGCAGUGCAGUAAAGAUUCAUUUAGUCACUUCCUGCUUCAUUAUGAGACACAAGCUUUUAUUGUUCCAGGAUCUCUGGGACCUUCAGUUUGCAUAUUUCUCCACUUCUUUCAUCAUGCAGACACUGAUACCCUUCAGUUUCCUGUUACAAUCAGUGAUGACGUACUUUCUUCUGUUGCUCAACAACACAGUGAUACACGGAGUAACUUUUACAGCCUCAUGCUGGGAAUGUUUUACAGCUCUUCACUUCGCCCGGUCUGGACUUUUACUGCAUCUGGGUUUUGUUUUGAGAGAGAAAACUGAACGUGUCCUGCUCACAGAGGUGGACACAUAUGAUCACAUUAUUCAGCCAUGUUAGUCUUAUCCUGACCCUCGAAGCCCAAACCUGAUCAAACUGUAUCCAGGUGGAGGUUUAUUUUGGCUCUGUGACAACCUCACUCUGAGGUUUAGGGUUUAUUAUGAUGUUUCAGACGGGCAGAGUAGAUUAUUAUUAACUGAUUUCUAUCUAUAGAGUUGUGCAAAAAAGGCUUUUUUCAGCAAACCUGCAACAAGCAGAAUAUUUCACACAGAAAAAGGAAAAUCAAUGUUAUUUUAGGAUCUGAAGGAACGUGUAAAUACACCGUCUGGAUGUUUGAAAUUCGAUUGAUCAAUAAAGGAGAGCAAAGUGAGUUCACAGAGUCAUUUACAGUAAGAAUAAGGCUCGGCUCGGCCUCUCCGUCUGACCUACAUCCUGUCAAUCAUUUACAGUCCACACACACAUGACGAGAAACUGGAUGUAUGUUUGGUUGUAGCAGGAUGAGGAAGUGAAUAAAACACCCUCCUGCUCCUCUGUUUUCUUUCAGUGUGAGGACGAGUCAACAGAGCAGCAGAGGGAGCUGCAGGUAACCCAGGGUGACAAAGAGCAUCAGCUGUGAGGAGGAGAGAGAGUAAACAGGAGCUGGAGCAGCAGAUCUGACUUUGUGGAUAUGAGGAGGUGACACCUUCCACCCGGCCUGGUGGGAUCAGGACUUCCUGUUGUGGCCCGGCUCCUCUAUGACCUACCUGGCUCACAGCGCCCACGCCCAGCUCGCUGCCCUCUGGCUGAGCUGCGUGGGCUGGACUCUGACCACCGUGGCCCUCGGACUCGUCCAGUGGAGGGUGUGGCAGGUGUCUGACAGGGAGGUGAUCAGCUCCGGUCAGGCCUGGGUGGGCGUCUGGAGGGCCUGCUUCAACAGCCACACCGUGGUGACCCCCGGCUUCAGGGUCAUGCACUGCAGGUACAUCACCCUGACCGAGGCCUUCGCACCUCCAGAGAUUGUGGCGGGCCAGGUCCUCAUGGUCCUCUCAGUCCUGGUGGGGCUCUGCGGGAACGCUGGCGGCGUGUACGCCCUGAGGAACAUCUACCUCGGGCUGGAGAAGAGCUCGCCGAUCCGCUUGUCGUUCCUCACCACCGGAGCUCUGUGCCUGACGGCCGCCGUCAUGUCUCUCAUCCCUCUGGUGUGGAACAUAAGCUCAGUGGCGACCAACCAGACCAUCAGGUUCCCCCCUGAGUUCAAAAUGCCCCCAGAGCCUGAUUCUCAACACGUUGGCUGCGGCAUUGGGGUCGGGAUGGUGGGCACAGUCCUGAUGAUCAUCUCUGGGAUUAUCUUCUGCAGGUACAGGUUACCAGCCAGGCCACAGGCCGGGGCGGACGGUCGGGGGGCUGCAGGGGGGAAAGAUAACCCGGCGUUUGACUCUCAUGAACACUUGUGAUCAGUUUGAAGUUCACACUAACUUUUCAGUCACCAUAAACUGGUAGCAGAUUCAUCAGCUGCUGCUCCUGGAUGAUCUCCAGUGACUCAUCUGUUUUUAUUCUCCAUGACUCAUCUCUUCCUUUACGGCCGUCGGACACAGAGUGAGUUGUUGUGAUGAGGAAAACAGCAGCUUAGAUAAAGACACUGACUUUGAACUGAAACUUGACGAAGAUGUGGUGUGUUAAUAUUUCAGCCACACAUGCUUCAAUCCUUCACUGCAGCUAGAUGUUUUCUGAGCUGCUUUAUGCCUCGUUAGAUGCCGUUCAUGUGGUUAAUCUAGCUGCCUUCUUACACUCACACACUGAAUUCUUUCUAAUGUAGUGACACUGCAGCUCAGCUGUAUGUGAAUCAGAUGUGUACCUGUGCUCGUUCUGUGGAUAAAAGAACAAAUGGGCCUUUGA